AUGCCAUCGCCGGCCUGCCUCCUCUCCGUCACGCCGUCUCCGUCUCCUCCCGCGCCCCACUGCCACGUUCCCUGCACCCGCGGUGAGGCUCAGCCUCCACCUCCCCUCUUUCCCGCGCCUCACGCCCGCUCCGGCCACCGCCUUGCCACACCGCUCGUGCCGCCCCGCAGCCCCGCUCGCGUGUUGCCCCGCGCCCGCAUGGUCACUCACCGGCCCGGCCUCGCCACCCCGUCACCCCCUACUGCCUACGCCGCCGCCCGCCUCGCGCACGCGCUCGCCUCCCGCGCACGCGCUCGCACCGCACUUCGCGCCCGCACUUGCCCUGCACCCCCGCCACACCUCCCUGCUCCGCCGCUCGCCGCACUGGCUCCGCCAUGCUACUGCUGCCCCGCCGUGCGCGCGCACGACGCCGCCCCUGCCUACCGCUGCUACGUCCGUGGCCGCCGCUGCCCGUCCCCUGCCGCGGCUCUGCUCCGGCCAAGCCGCCGCACGCCGCCACUCGUCGCGCGCCCGCCCGCUUCGCUAUGGCCUCGCCCCGCCGCACCCCUGCGGGCAACCGCACGCUGCGCCCGUGACCCACCGCCCGUUAGGGCCCCUGGCCCAAUGACAGCCGGGGCCCAUCCCAGAAUGUUUUAG